ACGUCACUGUACAUAUAAAUGUUGUUUAUUAAUAUAUUUAUCCAUAUUUUGUCGAAAAAAUAUAAAAACGUUAAGAUUUCUUCGUACAACGAUAUUCUGCACAAGAACGCUACCCACGUUUUUUUUUUUAAUGUUGAGAUAUUAAAACGUCGUGGAAACUUGCAGCCUACGAAAAGGUUAGAAACAGAGAGAAAAUGAAAGGCAGACCAGUCCAGAUAGUGGUGUCUGGUGAAGAUCAUUUAUUUGAACUUGAUGAAAAGUCUUUAGAAUCUAUACUACUGCAAGAACACAUUCGUGACAAGCAUGUUGUUGUGGUUGCUGUUGCUGGUGCUUUUCGGAAAGGAAAAUCGUUCCUAUUGGAUUUCUGCCUUCGAUAUAUGAAAGCUGAGGGAUCACCAGAUUGGAUGGGAGAUGAUGAAACUCCUCUUACAGGUUUCUCAUGGCGAGGUGGUUCAGAAAGAGAUACCACAGGCAUUCUCCUUUGGGAUGAAGUCUUUCAAGUCAUACUCCCAAGUGGAGAAAAGGUGGCAGUGCUGUUAAUGGAUACUCAGGGUGCUUUUGACAGUGAAUCAACUGUAAAGGAUUGUGCCACAGUUUUUGCUUUAAGCACUAUGACUAGUUCUGUCCAGGUAUAUAACUUGUCUCAAAACAUCCAGGAAGAUGAUUUACAACACUUACAAUUGUUUACUGAAUAUGGAAAACUAGCCCUAGAAGACACAAGUGAAAAACCAUUUCAGAAACUUAUGUUUUUGGUUAGAGAUUGGAGUUAUCCUUAUGAAGCAUCUUAUGGAACUGAGGGUGGUCAAAAAAUCCUAGAUAGGAGGUUACAGAUUUCUGAAAGGCAACAUCCAGAACUUCAGCAAUUAAGAAGACAUAUUCGUUCUUGUUUUUUGGAUAUUGGAUGUUUUCUGAUGCCUCAUCCAGGCUUAAAAGUUGCAACAAAUCCUCAUUUUGAUGGACGUUUAGCAGAUAUUGAAACAGACUUUCAAAAUCAGCUGAAAGUUUUAGUGCCUUUACUUCUUGAUCCAAAGAAUUUAGUCUUAAAAGAAAUAAAUGGACGUAAAAUUACUUCCAGGGAACUUGUGGAGUACUUCAAGGCUUACACAAAUAUUUUCAGAGGAGAUGAACUUCCAGAACCAAAAUCCAUGUUAGAGGCAACAGCUGAAGCCAACAAUCUUGCUGCAGUGGCCAGUGCUAAAGAUCAUUAUUGUUCUGGAAUGGAAAAGGCUUGUGGUGGAGAACGUCCUUACCUCAAUUCUCGAAUAUUAGAGGAGGAUCACUUGCGACUUCGAGAGAAAUCCUUGGAGAUAUUCCAUACCACAAGAAAGAUGGGUGGAAAUGAAUUCUCCCAACAGUAUGAGGAAAUGUUGGAAAAGGAAAUUCAAGAAGCUUUUGAGAACUUCCAUAAGCAUAAUGAAAGUAAAAAUAUCUUUGCUGCAGCACGCACACCAGCCACUCUGUUUGCAUUGGUGUUAAUGAUGUACUUUUUUUCUGUGAUAUUUGGUAUCCUGGGAGUGUACUCUAUGGCAAAUUUUUCCAAUCUGUUGAUGGGUAUCACAUUGGUUACACUCUGCACUUGGGGUUAUGCUAGGUACAGUGGAGAAAUGCAUGAAUUAGGAUGUCAGAUAGACAUUUUGGCAAAUCAUAUAUGGGAAAAUGCUCUUUCUCCUGUAUACAAGAGGAUAACCUCUGACAAUUUUUUGCAGAUGCCAAACUCAACAAUGUUGAAUAAUGUUCCUUCAUCUUCAGUAAAUGGCAGAAAAAAAAAUCUUAAUAUAAGCCUACAAAAAUAUCUUGCUCAGUUUAGCAGGUGUGGGAAACUUGUUAAAUUUAUUUAGUUUUGUUAAUGAGAAAUGUUUUUUUGUGUGGGAGUUAAUAAUUCUAUACCUGUGAUGCCUUGAUAGUGGCUUGAAUCCUAAUUAUAUUAUUCUUUCAUCAUUAAUUAUUUCCUCCCUGAUGUGUAAUUCUUUCAUUCUUUUUCAAUAUGCCUUAAUGUAGAAACACUAAUAAAAUGUCUAUGGAAUAUUCUAGUUUUCUGUAUUGUAACUACAAACAAUAUUAAUUUGAAUUAGAAUUGUAUCUUGCCAUUCAAUGACGUGUCUAAAUAUUUCUAUGUUGUAAUGAAUCAAGGAUUGUACAUCUUAGUUAUCUGUAAAUCAUAAAAAUUCAUUAAGAUAUUCUAAAUUAAGUUUGUUAUUGUUGCUGGAAUUUUAGUGAAGUACAAGUUUAACCUUUGUACAUGUAAUUUUUCUCUCCUAUGCUUAAGCCUGGAAUUUUGUAUGUUUGGGUAAUGACCCUUUUAAGUACUAAUUUCAUAAUAUAUUUAAAAUGAAAGAUCUGUGGCUUCCAUAGUUUUGUGAUAAAAAUUGGUAGUAUAAAAGUUUAUCUCCUUUAUAUUGUGAGUGCAUUUAUUUUAGUAACACACAUGAAAAUACCAUAACACUGGACUUUAAAACAUUUGCUGAAAUACACAUCUAGUUGCUAAAUCAACCUUAUAAGUGUGUGUGAAGUGUCAGUCAGGGAGAUAAAGGGUUUGAAAAAUUAAUAUUCUUUAUUUUUAUGUAAUGGUUGUAUGAAAUAUCUGUAGUUAACAUCUUUAGUAAUGAAAAUCCAGUCUUUUUGAAAUCUAACCUAAAUUAAUCAUACGGUUUGUUUUUAGUGUUAUAUUAUCUAUAAAUAAAAACUAACUUCUGCAGUCUUAAAGAAUUCGUCUCCAUAAUCAUUUUAAGCAGUGGAAAUGUUUUAAAGAUACUGGUAAAAUGCAUUGUUAUUAUCUCAGCUGAAAAUUUUACAUUUUGCAUGUAUUACACAUUCCCAUAUAGUAUUUAACAUUACUUUAAAAUUAUACAAAUAGAACAACUGUUAAAAAGAAUUACAGUUUACUUAAGAACGAAAACAAAAGUAAUGUUGUUGUUAUCUAGAACAUAGCUCAAAAAGGCUACUAAGCUUUAAGUUUUUAAUUAUUCUAAAAAUAUGCUUUUGUAACUACGUGUUUUUUCAGAUAGUCUCUUUUAAAUUUAUUGCAGUAUUUUUAGUGCAUCUAAAUACUUCAUUAAUAUUUAAGUCUUACAACUUGGAAAUUUAAUGUUCAUAAUGUGAUCACAUGACAUAAUUUAAAAAUUAAGGGUUAGAUCAGAAAAGCGUACAAAAGUUUGUGCCUAAAAGAGUUGUUAAUGUUUUGUAGAAAAUGUGAAGUGCAGAUGUGUAAAUACUUGAAGUUUCAAACCUUAAAUAUAUUAUGUUCUUUUAUUCAUAUAAAUGAUAAAUUUCAGGUAAAGCUGAGCAUUCAAAGGUUGUUUUUUAAAGGAAUAAAUGAUAUUUUUUCUGGAACAAGCUGUACAGUAGCAUAUAAAUGCAUCGUUUAAUUUUGUUUCAACAAAGAUUGAUCUACAUAUAGCCACUGAAUUUUGAAGAAAGUUUAAAAUAUAUUGCUAUAUAAACACACAUUACUGUUUAUAGUCUUGUUUGUUAUGUUGCUGUUCAGUUUUUGGGGGAAAAUAUUUAAAAAAAUAUGUAUUUCUUCAAAAUGUGAUUUAUGAUUAUCUGGAUCAGUUACAUAAACCCAAACCUACCAUUUCAUUUCAUUGUGAUAUCAAAAUUUUGAUGUAUGUUUGUUUUUGUUUAUUUUCUAACUUAGCCAGCUUAUUUUAUAAACUAUGUUUUUAAUGA